AUGGCUUCCGCAGCGCAAGAGCAGGAACAUGAACAAAGGUGGAAUUCCCUGCUCUGGCAAUCCAUCGACAUCGUGAUGCGGCACCCAUAUCUGUUGCCCUUCUCCAUCUUGGGUUUAAUCUGCAUCGUCACACGCAUCGUCUCCACCCUCAGAUUUCGCUCUACAAUCUCCAAACUACCUCCGGCCUCACAGGGUCCCAGGACCGUCCCUGUCCUACCUUACUGGAUCCCGUGGCUUGGGCACGCAUUAAAUUUCGCAGCAGGCGGAUCGGACUACCUCGGUCGUUCUGCCCGUUCGUUGGGACCUAAUUCCUCCAUCUUCGCACUUACGAUGGCUAACUCGAAGCAUAAUGUGAUUGUGGCGCCGAGCUUGUCGAGACAGGUCCUGCUCGACAGACAUUCUCCAGUGAAUAUGGAACAGUUCAUCUACCACAGUAUGAAGCACUUCUGGGAUGACAGGGGGGCGAUCAAGGAUAUCGAGCCCUCUGGCCUGUGGGGCGUUCAUGCUAUCCUGUACGGAAUGCUGCGUGAGAGUUUCGUCAACACCGCCAUCAGGGGCACGAUCGAGCGUGUCGAAGAGCGAACUUGGAAUUUGAUCUCGGGCGCCGAAAGCCCCGUGGACCAGGCCAUCUGGGAGCGUGAAGGCCACGUGGAAAUGAUAUCGAACGGCGAGGGUGAUCGUCCAUUGGUGGGUGAAGCCAGUCUUCACCCUCUGAUCAGACACUUUGUAGGCGACAUCGCCAGCACGGUCCUCUUCGGUCGGAACUUCAUGGAAAACAACCCCAACAUCAUGAUUGACCUGUGGGAGAUGGAUUCACGGUUUAACAUGUUCAUGGUGGGACUGCCGAACUGGUUCCCGGGGAUGGGUGGACCGGUCCGAGCGAGGGAACGCAUCGUCGCCGCCAUCACCGAACACCACGAAGCUCUGUUCAAGUACCUCGACGGCAAAGAUCCAGGCAGCCGCUGGAGUGACAUGUCAGACGUAUCUUCGGUGAUCGUCGAUCGCGCCGUGGAAUUCAAAAAGGUGGGCUCGGUGCCACGAGGCUGGGCUAUCGGUAACGGCGCCGUCCUGUGGGCAAUGAACAUCAACGCCAAUCCUGUUAUCUUCUGGAUGAUAUGGUACAUAUUUUCGGACACAAGCCUGCUUCAAGAAAUUCGGCAAGAAAUCGCACCCUACGUCAAAUACCGACCCGCACCCGACACGGGUCUUCCCAUCAAAGAGGCCCCCAAGCUCGAAGCCGACCUUAGUGGACUAUGGACGAGAUGUCCUUUGCUGAAGGGUGCAUUCUUCGAAACCAUGCGCCUCGAGGCCGCCAGCAUGAGUUACAAGACGGUUGAAGAAGACUUCGUGGUGACCGAGUCUGACGAGGACGCGGCUAUGUUGGGGAAACAGUAUCCGCAAUCCUUCCUGCUGCGUAAAGGCGAGUACGUCUGCAUCCCACAUGGCGUUCACCAGAGUGAUGAGAAAUAUUUCCGCGACCCAGGACGUUUUGACCCCCGUCGCUUCUGGGCUAAGGACGAAAAGGAAAAGACCGAAGGAGCAGAUGUACGGGUUGAAUAUGGAACUAUGAAGGUCUGGGGAGGUGGUAAGCAGAUGUGUAAAGGUAAGACAUUCGCGGAGAGGGAGGUCGUGCUUUUCGCCGCUGCUAUCAUCAUGCAAUGGGACAUUGUGCCCGUUAGUGACGAUGGCAAGUGGGUGCAUCCCGGCCGCAAGGUUGGCGCAGGUGCAUCGAAUCCGAAGAAAGACGUAAGAGUCAGGUUGAUGAGGAGAGAAGGCUGGUGA